AUGGCAGACAAAACAACUCUCCUACUUUUUACAAAAGACCAAGAAGAAAACGCUGAAAAGCUACGGACAGUUUUAGAAAGCGAGGGUGAAGUAUUUGUACUAGAUCUUGCUGAUAUUGCUAUUCGUGGACUCUCGCUUAAAGACGAAAUCCGCACAGGUUGUGACUGCACUGUUUUGAUUUGCUCUUCUGAAGCGACGCGGCUUAUUAACGAGGAAGAAUCCUACGUUUUUGUUACAAAAGGCGGACAGGAAGUAAACUUCGAUGGGAAAGUGAUUAGCAAUGUUCUCAAGGAAGACGAUGGAAAAUUACGUCGUAAAAUAAUUCCGGUAUCUUUUGUAGAGCUCCCUUCGGUUUUACACGGAGCGGGUACAAGGCGUAAGGAUCGACAAAGUGCGAUUUCAUUUGAAAUAAACCAAGGAGAGGUCACAGAAGUAAUGUUGGAAGGUGAUAUCUUACAAUCAUUGAUUGAUGCUAUUAAGACGGUCUAUAAAUGA